UUUCCGUUUUGCAUAUUUAUUUAUUUAUAGUAUGCGCAACAGUUAUACUUAACAGGGAAGAGAAACUGGUUAUCACGGGUGUAUUUUGAGCGUUAGCUCUCACUCCAGCACAGGACAUCACACAGACAGCAUGGGCGGCGAAUACGUGUGCACGCUGAGUGAGGAGCUGAUCCAGAGGGCCAAGGAUGAGCUCGGUGAAGACCCCGCAAGGAGAGCUCAGGACAUCGAACACAUCAGGGACUGGCUGAAGCACCAACCGCACAUCAGGGCCCGCACAGAUGACUGGACAAUCCUCAGAUUCCUGCGAGGCUGCAAGUUCUCCCUCGAAAGGACGAAGGAAAAGCUAGACAUGUUCUACACCUGCAAGAGCCUCUGUCCCGAAUGGUACACAAACAGGGACCCGCAGGAGAAGAAGAUGCGGGAGAUACUUGAAUUGGGCAUGUUCCUCCCAGUCCCCGGCCACGACCACCUGGGACGCAAAGUGGUGAUCAUCCGCACGGCUCUGCACGACCCCAGGACGACCACGAUGGACGAGGUGUUCAAGGCGACGCAUCUGAUCAGCGACGUGAUGGUGGAGGAUGAUGAACAGAGUUCCAUCACCGGAAUUGUUCAGCUGCUCGACAUGGAGGGCGUGACGGCGGCACAUGGCAUGCAGAUGACACCCGCGCUCGUCAAGAAGGCCAUGACCAUCUGGCAGGUGCGGCUGCGUGGAGACAAUUCUAAAACAGGGUUCUGGAGCCUUUUGGGACAGGUGGGGAUAAUUUCGUUACAGGUGUGCGGGGACAGGUUUGAAAGUACUGACAGGUUUGGGGACAGGAGUAGUUCUAAGGUCAUUUAUAUGAAGCCUAAGGGCGAUUCACACCCUACCCCGCGCAGCAUGUUCCUCCCAGUCCCCGGCCACGACCACCUGGGACGCAAAGUGGUGAUCAUCCGCACGGCUCUGCACGACCCCAGGACGACCACGAUGGACGAGGUGUUCAAGGCGACGAACCAGAUCAACGACGUGAUGGUGGAGGAAGAUGAACCGUGUUCCAUCACCGGGAUUGUUCAGGUGCUCGACAUGGAGGGCGUGACGGCGGCACAUGCCAUGCAGAUGACGCCAGCGCUCGUCAAGAAGGCCAUGACCAUCUGGCAGGUGUUCUGGGACAGGUGUGGCAUAGUGUGGCAAAGUACAGUAUGGAUUGAGGCAGAGGUUGCUGUUGAAGUAAAGUUUCUGUCGUUGUCUCCAGGGUUCGUUAUUGCUUUGUCCUUCGUAUCUGGUUUUGGUGUCUCUGUCCGCAGCGAGCGCAGUCUCCAUGAUGGGUGCAGCGUGAUGCUCCCUCUCCCCGGCUACGAUCGCUUGGGCAGGAAAGUCGUGUUCGGCCGCUGGGGUAUCUACGACCCCAAUAAAGUAUCCAUGGACGAGGUUAUGAAACUGGGGUCCAUGAUCUUUGACGUGCUGUUGGAGGAGGACGAGCAGGCGAGCGUAACGGGGGUUGUUAUCGCCGGGGACUGUACGGGCCUCACGCUCGCCCACGCCAUCGCCUACACGCCUGCCAUGGCCAAGAAGUCCAUGGUGUUGUGGCAGGUAAUGGAAGGUGACUCUGAGACCCCUCAUGCUGACCUAGACAGACCCUCUCCUGCCAGGUUGUUCCUUCCGCUGCGGGGCCUGUCGACGAGGGGCGCGCGCGUGGUGCUGAGUCGCCCCGCCCUCAGGGACCCCAACAAGACGGACAUGAACGACGCCGCGAAGGCCAUCCUCUUCAUGGUGGAUCUCCUGCUGGAGGAGGACGAGACGGUGGCCAUCACGGGCGUCGAGGUGAUCAUGGACGCCUCGUCGAUGACCUUCCAGCACGCGGCGCAGAUGAACCCUUCGCUCAUCAAGAAGGCGUCGACGAUCAUGCAGGUCCUCUCUCGUUUUGCUUCUGAAUUGCUUUUAAUGAUUUGUGCAAUGGGAAUCUUGCAAACGCGGUACAAUAAUUCAGCUUUUGGCAACCCCACGCAGAAGUUACAAACGCACAUAAUAGACUUAUUAACGAGCGCCCCGACCCGAUCCGACUCCAGCCUAGUGCUCCCGCUGCCGAGGCUAUCCGACGCCGCCCCGUUCUAUCUGCUCGCCCGACCCGGCCACCGUGACCCGGCCGCCACCACGAUGGAUGACCUGUCGAAGGUCAUCCAGCUGUCCCUACAGGUCAUCCAGGAGGACGACGAGCCGCUCAGUAUCACGGGGACGGUCCUCAUUAUCGACGUCGGCGAGUUGACGUUCCAGCACGCCGCGCAGAUGACGCCGCCGGCCGUUAAGAAGGCCCUCACCAUCCUGCAGGUUAAGGGGCGGAGGCUCUCAGGGGCGAGUUUAUUGCCUUCGUCCAUUCACGAAAAUAAUCGCUUUUCCUGUUUAAUCAACUCCUGCGUCUUACAGCUGGACGCUCGGUCACCUGAUGUUUCUGAAGGAGUGGCGUUCACGAGGCAUUUUUGGGAUGAAAUUCAGAUUCUCACAAAUGAACAUGAGAAGAGGAUCCACAUCCACGGCAGCGACCUCGAGAGCCUCCACAAGGAAGUCCCGAAAGAGAUUCUUCCCGCUGAGUACGGCGGCACCAACGGCACGGUCGAGGAUAUCAAGAACUACUGGCUCCAGCGCGUGGACGCCCGCCGCGACUGGCUUCUGGAGGACGAGAAGUACGGCGUGGACGAGUCGAAGCGCCCGGGAAAGGCCAAGACGUCGGCCGACCUCUUCGGGAUCGAGGGCUCCUUCAGGAAGCUCAACGUAGACUAGAGAUGGUUUAGCGAGGAGGGUGUGGACAGGAGAGGAGUCUUCCGUCGGUUAAGGAGCUCUUGGGAAGUGCGAGGAGGAGGAUAAUUUUGCUAUUGAUUAAAAGGUGUUUUGAGGAGCUCGAUAGAAUUACGAAACUGAUCCUUUGAUAUAUAUAUAUAUAUAUAUAUAUAUAUAUAUAUAUAUAUAUAUAUAUAUUAUAUAUAUAUAUAUAUAUAUAUAUAUAUAUAUAUAUAUAUAUAUAUAUAUAUAUAUAUAUAUAUAUAUAUAACGUCAGCUCAUCACUGUAAAAUCGAAUACAUUACGUGCUUCUGCCGCCCCGUGAAAAUAAAACUUAAUAGUAAUGUA